AUGGCGUCGUCGACGCGCGAGGUCCACAUGGCCGAGCUCAGCGACCAGGUGGACCUGUGCGCCUACCGCGCGACCUUCACCUUCCUCGGGAACUACCUGUGGCACGAGCUCGGGUCGACGGUGACGCCCGAGGGCGCGCUGGCGCUGGAGAGCUUCUACGACUACACCUACCGGCUCCACACGACGGGCGCGGACCAGGGCUCCUGGGAGACGGCCUACGAGUGGGACGCCUACGUCUACCUCUCGUCGGCCUUCUACGUGCCGUCCAUCGACGCGCACGCGCUCACGCUCUCGAAAAACGGCGUGCCGCACCUGAAGCGGUCCUACGCGGGCGCCGCGGGCGAGACCUGGUACGUCGUCUUCGCCUUCAACCCCUACAACGGCGAGACCAUCGCCCUCCACUCCGGGACGACGGCCUACCGCGGCGAGUACCCCGCGUUCGAGGCGUCGAUGUGCGUCGACGCGAUCGCUUUACCGUUCACGGUCGCGCGCUACCAGGCCUGGUGGGCGUCCUUCAACGCGACCUUCGACGAGGCCAGCGGCCUGCCGGAUGUGUUGCCGGCCCUCGUGUCCCAGCCGACGCACAACGCCACGGGGGUGGCGCACUUCCUCCGGUCCGCGCCGGCCGCUUUGUACGACUGGAACGUCAACGAGAGGGUCGGCGACGCGCGCGAGGGCCAGAAAACGGGCGCGUCCGGCGGCGCCUGCCGCAUCACGGAGAUCAUGGCCUACACGUCCAUCAUGGAGGGCGACGACGACGCCCUCGACGCGGCGAUCCUCGCGCCCGUGCGCUUCGUCGAGUCGUCGGCGCGCACGGGCGACCUGAGCGUCGCGGACUACGUCGACCUCGUGGACCGGAGCGUGCGCGCCUUCACGGGCCAGGACGCGGGCUACUCGCGCUGGCUCGACAACCACGUGGGCCUCGGGAACACGCUCUACAAAAGGCCCGUGGACGAGCUCGCGGCGUGGCUCGAGCGCGUCGACGUGCCCUGGCACGCGCACUACACGGAGAUGGCCUCCGACGACGACGGCGCGGAGACCCUGGGCUCCCUCUGGACCGCGGGCGUCGCGGGCCUCGCCUUCGAGCUCCACGGCGCCUUCAACUUCACCGCGGUCCACGACCCCGUCGGCGAGCUCGACUACUGCACGCGGACGUCCGUCUGCCGCGCCGAGGACUACGCCCAGUGCGGCCUCGCCGACGACCUCGUCUCGAGCCUCGAGUCGCCGAAGAAGGAGCGAUAA